AUGAGCCAAAUUGAGCUAACUGGCAUUGGAGGGAAGCCCAUCCGCGUCAACACCGGCCUCUUCAUCAACAAUAAGUUUCAGCCAGCAGCUGGAUCAUCUCAGCUUGAUGUCGAGAACCCUACGACUAGGGGCCACCUCGCCUCCGUUUCAGCGGCCCAGGGAGAGGACGUUGAUGCCGCGGUCGAAUCAGCCCAAGCGGCAUUCCAGGGACAAUGGAGGACCAUUCUUCCCGCUCGGAGGGGCCAACUCCUCAACAAGCUCGCCGACCUAAUCGAGCGAGAUUCAGAUGACCUGGCCAGCCUUGAGGCUCUGGAUGCGGGAGUAUUAUUUGGGGAGUCGAAGGGACUCCACAUUUCCCAGGCGGUUGAGACGCUCAGGUACUUUGCUGGCUGGGCGGACAAGAUCGCUGGCCAGCUCUUGAACAUCCCACAAGGCUAUGCAUUUACGCGGCGAGAGCCACUUGGAGUGUGCGCUGCCAUUGUCCCAUGGAAUGCACCACUGAUGAUCACCAUCUGGAAGCUGGCUCCCGCCAUUGCGGCUGGCAACGUGCUGAUCAUCAAAACGCCGGAGCUGGCACCUCUGUACGGCCAAAAGCUGGCCAGUCUCGUUGAAGAGGCAGGCUUCCCUCCAGGUGUGAUCAACAUCAUCUGUGGCCACGGUUCUGUUGCCGGCCAAGCGCUGGCGAGGCACGGAGGCGUCAAGAAGAUUGCAUUCACUGGGAGUGCUCCGGUUGGUCGACAGAUAUUGCGAGCUGCGGCCGAUUCGAACCUCAAGAAGGUGACGCUGGAACUGGGUGGUAAAGGACCUUCUAUCGUGUUUGCCGAUGCUGAUUUGGACAACGCCUUGUUUUGGACGGCGAUUGGCAUCACCGCCAACAACGGACAGGUCUGCGCUGCUGGGUCUCGUAUCUAUGUCCACGCCAGCGUCUAUGACACAUUCCUCCUUGCCUUCGCAGAAAAAUUGGCCCAAACCUCUCAUGGCGACCCGCUGCUCAGCGAGACAACGAAAGGUCCGGUCAUCAGCCUGAAGCAGAGAGAGAAGAUCAUCGAGUAUAUUCGACAUGCGAAAGAAUCCGGUAUCCGCCUUAUAGCUGGAGGAGAAUCGAUGCCGGGCAGCGGAAAUUUCAUUGCCAACACUGCCUUUGCCGAUGUCCCUGAUGAUGCUCAAAUCAUGCAAGAGGAGAUAUUCGGGCCUGUCGCGUCAAUUGCCAAGUUCGAUACAGAAGCUGAAGCCAUUUCAAAGGCUAAUGCAAGUGAAUACGGCCUCAGCGCCGCCGUCUUCACCAACGACGUUAACCGAGCACAACGUGUCUCGGCGGCGCUGGAAAGUGGACAGGUCACGAUCAACUGCUGGGGGCUAUUGCAUGCGAACACUCCGUUUGGAGGGGUUAAGCAGUCUGGCUUCGGCCGUGAUAUGGGGGAGGAAGCACUUGAUGGAUGGCUGACGACAAAGACGGUCAAGUACAAUACUCUGCCUGCAGCUUUCAAGGAGUAG